AAAGAAAAACCAGUGGGGUUGGGAGCGUAAAGAAAAAGAUAAAAACCAGAGAAACGGCUUCCCUUUCCUCUCCUUCUGUUGUUCACAACUGCCAUCCAUUCCAGAGAGGCACAGCCUUUCUCCUUCCUUUUUUCUGUACUUUAAAAAAAAAAAAAAAAAAAAAAAAUCCAUUUUUCUCUCUUUCUUUAUUACUUUCUUCUCAGAUUUUCCGUUUAGAAUUUAAGAAUUUUUAGGGUUUUACAUAUCCCUAUAAUUUUUUUUUUCUUCAUUUUGAGCGGUUUUGUAUUUGCGGAGAAGAAUAUCUGAGUGAAUAAGGGGGGACAAACCACCAAACGGCUAUAAUUGCUGAAGGGGUUGGAGAAGCUAAAAAGAGGAUCGGAAGAGGAGGAAACCAAGAUCGCUAAGCUCUGUUAACUUCUCUGCCUGGAUUCUGAAGUGGGUUCUCGACCCUUUUGCCAGAUUUGAACUUUUGAUCUGGUUUGAACCCCUUUCAGUUUGCAGAGGAGAGAGGCAGAUUGGUCUUGGAUUAAUCGUGUAUUUCUCUUCAAAUUGGAUAUUCGUGAUGCCUGAAGGAGGUUAUUAUAGCUCUAAGAAGACGGAUGAUAUCUGUGAAGAUGUCUGUGGCGAGGAAACUCGUGCUGCAUUGAGCAUGUCAAGACUUCGCUGUAUUCUUCGAGGGUUGGAUUUGAAGAUCUUCAUGCUUCUUUUCAUUUUGAUUCCAACAUGCAUUCUUGGUAUCUAUGUGCACGGGCAGAAGAUCACAUAUUUCCUACGGCCAUUAUGGGAAUCUCCACCCAAACCCUUUCAUGAUUUACCGCAUUAUUAUCAUGAGAAUGUCUCAAUGGAAAACCUUUGCAAACUUCAUGGAUGGGGAAUCCGUGAGUCCCCCAGACGUGUAUUUGAUGCGGUUUUGUUCAGCAAUGAGUUGGAUAUCCUUACCAUUCGAUGGAAUGAACUGUACCCUUACAUCACACAGUUUGUUCUGUUAGAAUCAAAUUCAACCUUCACAGGAUUGCCAAAGCCUCUGGUUUUUGCAAGCAAUCGAGAUAAGUUCAAAUUUGUUGAGCCUCGGCUAACUUAUGGGACCAUUGGAGGGAAAUCUAGGAAAGGGGAGAACCCAUUUGUUGAGGAGGCAUACCAGCGAGUUGCACUUGAUCAGCUCCUCAGAAUAGCUGGUAUUACUGAUGACGACUUGUUGAUAAUGUCAGAUGUUGAUGAGAUACCAAGCAGCCACACAAUUAAUCUCUUGAGGUGGUGUGAUGACAUCCCUCCUGUCCUCCAUCUCCAACUGAAGAACUAUCUGUAUUCGUUCGAAUUUUUUCUGGAUGACAAGAGUUGGAGAGCUUCAGUCCACAGGUAUCAGACAGGCAAGACGAGGUAUGCACAUUAUCGUCAAACCGAUGAUCUCCUUGCAGAUGCUGGGUGGCAUUGUAGCUUUUGCUUCCGUCAUAUCAGUGAAUUCAUAUUUAAGAUGAAAGCUUACAGCCAUGUCGAUCGAGUGAGGUUUUCCCAUUUUUUGAAUCCAAAACGGCUUCAGGAUGUAAUCUGCAAAGGUGCUGACCUAUUUGACAUGCUUCCUGAGGAGUACACUUUCAAGGAGAUCAUUGGAAAGUUGGGACCAAUACCAUCUUCUCAUUCAGCAGUUCAUCUUCCAGCAUAUCUUUUGAACAAUGCUGACAAAUAUAAAUUUCUCUUGCCUGGCAACUGCAAAAGAGAAAGUGGUUAAGUUUCUAGGGGUUUGAGGUUCUCCAUUGUAAAGUUUAAAGGGCUGCUCUUUUGACACCCCUCGGAGGGUUCUGUGGGGCAAAUGAUGACUCUGUUGUGGUAUGAGAUUCCAAUUACCAUGUAUCCAUCAUUCUUUAGAGAGAAAGUAGGGGGGGGGGAUUGGAUGAGUUGGAUAUCCUGGGUGAAACAUUGUAUAUAUCCCCUCUUUUUUUCUUGGUGUUUGGUUUCAUCCAUGUGGAGGUCACAUGUCCCUCUGUCAACAAGGAGCUUGCUGUGUGGGAGGUGGUGGUAUGAGUAUGACAUGAUCCCCCAAAAUGAUAAACAAAUGACAUUUCCCGAGCUUUUGUAUGUUGGGAAUUUUGUUUUUCUUUGUGACUAAUUUAUUCAUAUAUUCUUCCAA